AUGGAGGAUUAUCAAAUCAUAGAAUCCAUUGGAGAGGGCUCAUUUGGUAAAGUCUACAAAGCCCGCAUUAAAGGGACUGGCCAAAUUGUUGCAAUGAAGUUCAUUGUUAAGAAAGGAAAGAACGAGAAAGAGCUGAAAAAUCUCCGUAGCGAAAUUGAAAUCCUCACCAAACUGAAUCAUCCACAUAUUAUCAUGCUGUUUGACUCCUUCGAGACCGAUUCCGACUUCGUCGUCGUGAUGGAGUAUGCGCAAGGCGAGCUGUACGAUAUCCUCGAAGACGACAAACAGCUUCCGGCAAAAGAAGUGCAAAAGAUUGCAAAACAGCUUAUACAGGCGCUCAACUAUCUGCAUUCCAACCGCAUCAUACACCGUGAUAUGAAGCCUCAAAACAUUCUCAUAGGUCAGAAUGGCGCCGUCAAACUUGCCGAUUUUGGGUUUGCACGCUCCAUGAGUUACAACACAAUUGUGCUGACAAGCAUCAAAGGGACCCCGCUAUAUAUGGCACCAGAACUCGUGCAGGAGCGUGCGUAUGACAACCGUGUUGACUUGUGGUCUUUAGGAUGCAUUUUGUACGAGUUGUACUACGGCAGACCGCCUUUCUACACGAAUAAUUUAUUUGCAUUGAUUAAAAAGAUUGUCUGCGAGCCUGUGAAAUUCGAUAGCAAGGCUGACGAUCCAAUUAGCCCGGAGUUCCAGAAUUUUCUUAGUGGUCUGCUGACAAAAUCGGCGUCGUCGCGUCUUAACUGGCCUGACCUGCUAAAUCACCCGUUUGUGCAACUCACGAAAAGUGAUGCAACGUGGCAGGACGUCAUCACGCGACAUGACUCCAAAAUGAAAACGCGUAUGGACAAACUGGGCUGUCUGCGACUCCACGGCGGCGCGAGUUGGGCGGCGCCGAAGCACCAAUUGACGCAAAAGGAUGAAAUUAUCAACACUCAGACAGCACACACUUUGGAAUCCGGACGAGAAGCCGAAGUGCGAUCGACUUUGGCGCAACUUGUGCGCGCGGUCAAUGCAGCUACUGGGGAUUUGACAAAAUCUACUAUCCUCCUUGGUAUCUUUGACUUUGGAGUGCUUGAAGGUGUGCUCAAGCUUUUCACCCAAAAGCAGCCGCGCACGACUGUGCAGCUGGCCCUGGAGUUGCUGCAGGCGCUGCUGUUCCCCGAAAACGGCGAUGUGGUCGCCUUUCCAUCGCAGAGGCCAAAGCGUGACGGAAUUGAGGUUUUGGAAGAGAGAAACUCACACCAGCAAAUCGAUUUGUUCAUCCGCCAACAGGUCGCCAACAGACUCACCAAAAAGCCACACGACGCGCUGGACUACAUUGUUGGUGAAAUUGGGAGCAACAGCAACUCUCAGGCCGAGAUCUGCGUCAAGAUUGUCUUCCAAUGCUUUCGUUGGGAGAACAGCUUUGGUCCGACGGUCACGCAGUUACAGACGUUUCCUGAAAUGUGGUCUGCGGUGCUGUCUUCCGUCGACCACGACAGCGUAUCGAAAGGUAAGAUAUCGUACGAGUAUGCCGCUCUUGUUUUCCACACGGUGUCCAUCGUAAUCCCCCACAUAAAAUUGGCUGCCCCGCAACGCAUUAACCGCGAAAAGGUACUUCAUCUGGUCACGCAGGCCCUUCAAGCAGUAUGCUACUACGAGGUGUCAGCGGUCGAUGCUCACCGAAAUAAGAUACCUUCUCUCACGUAUGCCGCCGCCGCCGCUUUGCUCAUCGCGUUCGCCCAUCGUGAGCUGAAGGACAUCGUGUCUUUCACCGUCAAUGAUGCCCUUCUGGACGGCAUCUAUUCCAUCGUGGACGCUGUCUCUGCAACCCCCAACCGCCCCGUUCCGACACGUGCGGUGGGAAGCAGCUACGGCUACCCCGACUACGGCCUGCUUGACGGUGUGGCGCACAUGCUAUCUCUGUGUUUUUCGGACCCAGAAUCGCUGGUGUACGCAAAACUCCCCGGAAAAUCAGAGCACCGGUUCUUAGAGAGCGACACAAAGAAUUUAGCCCUCCUCGUAAUGACGUUGCUGCGCGACAGCGACGCACGAACAGAGUUAUCUCCCAAUGGCGUCCAAACGCUUUUGCGCGCUGCCCAGCAGAUUUUUCAGCAACAGAAAGAGCAAAGUGCAUCGAUGAGUUUGCUCAUGGAGGUCAUCCCGCCCUACACUGGCGAGUCAGGAAGCCUCUGCUGGCUUGCCGUUGUCUGCCGCACUCUCAAAACGGAUUAUUUCAAACAGCUCUUCAACUGGCCUGCCUGUCGCGGAGGAGGUGCCACCGGGGUGAGCUCGCACGUGACCAUUGUUUCUCAAAUUCUGGCGGACUCCUUGCGUCCUUUCAGCUCUUCGUCAAGCCCAACCGCCGCGGACGAGAAGCUGACGAGCGAUGUAAGCAGGGUGUUGUACAAGGAGAAGGUUGUCGAGCUUCUCGUGAACGCAAUGGACUUUUCCGAGAGCGUUUUUCUUGGCAGUCCCUUCUCCAUCAUCGCCAAGCUGUGCGCCAACUCUGUGGACUUCAUUAGAGCCUUUGUAGAUUGUGGCGGUGUGGAGGCCUCGCGAAUCCGGCGUGUUCUCGAUCCCAACAAGGCAGGAACCGGGCUUAUGUCGGACGGUCUGAUCGUUCUCUCGCAGAUGGCGCGCAUGUCCGCCGAGUUCUACGAAGCGAUCCACAAAGCAAACCUGUACGACUGCAUCGCCGCGCUUCUCCAGCACUCUGAGAAGGACCUCCGCGGGAAGACAUGCACGCUUAUUGGGAACAUGUGCAAACACUCGGAUUUCUUUUUUCAACCACUCGAAAAGAAUCACAUCGUGGAGCGCUUAGUAAAGUGCUGCAGCGACAGCGACGCGCAGACGCAGAAGCUUGCGGCCUUUGCGAUUGGUAACGCGGCGUUUCACAGCGACUAUCUUUACCGUUUGUUGGGUCCUGCUAUUCCUUCGCUGGUAGAGCUUUUGGCAUGCGGGGAUGCGAAGACCCGACAAAACGCUGCUGGCGCGCUGAGUAAUUUUGUGCGAAACGGCGAUCAGCUUGUUGCUACUCUAGAAACCUCCAACGUAGUGGAGGGGCUUUUAAAGAUGCUACGCGACGAUGACUCUCUCUCGUCGAAGAAGGUGGCUGUCCUGACGAUCAACUCGUUUUGCACGUACGACAUGUUCAGGCGAAAAUUUCUGAGUCUUGACGUGAAGGAGGAUAUCCGAAGGUUGCAGCAAGACUCCAUCGCUCGCGGAGACCCUUCUAUUCAAAAGUACGUCGGAAAGCUCAUGGAUCGGCUAGGGUGA